AUGAAUUUGCCAUCGUUCAGAAGAAGAAAAAUCAUCCGAGAAUCUUCUUCAUGGGCUCUCUUCUUGUGUUUACUAACACUCACUCUUUGCGUUCCGGUGGGUGCCUCGACAACGACUACAACCAUCAACAGUCCUGACGGGGAUAUCAUAGAGUGCAUAGAAAUAUUAGCUCAGCCGUCGUUCACGCAUCCUCUCCUCAAUGAUCACAAGCUCCAGGAAAUACCAAGAAAUCUUCCUAACACAGCCAAAAAUGAAGAUGGAGUUAGCAGCUGGCAGAUAUGGAACGGUCGUAAUGGAUCGGAAUGUCCCGAGGGGACGAUUCCGAUUAGGAGAGGACUCGGGAUAAUUCCGAAUAGGAAGAAAGGAUUAGUUUCUGAGGAGAACGGGGCUACUAAUUCUAGUGCUGCAUCUAAAUUCACCCGCAGAGGACGACAUGGGCAUGCUGUCGUAUCUUCUUCGUCAAGCGAACAAAGUGAUGCAUUUAAAUUCACCCGCGGACAUGAGUAUGCUAUCGUAUAUUCGACGAGUACACAAAAUAUCUAUGGAACAAAAGUCACAAUGAGUGUUGGGCACCCCAAAGUUGCUCAAUUCGACGAGUUCAGCUUAGGCCAACUUUGGCUCACCUCGGGUUCAUAUGAAAGAGGUGAUAUGAACAGCAUCGAAGCUGGAUGGCAGGAUUUUCGGAUGAACAGUCUAGACUCUUUAUUUACUGGACAGUAA